AUGUUUAAACCUGAGCACAGUGGCUCUUUAUACCAUAACUACAAACGCUUUUUCUCAAUAGUGUUACUAGCAGUUUGUGACACUGAUUAUUGCUUUACAUUCAUAGACGUAGGUUCAUAUGGCAAAAGUGGGGAGUUACAAAUUUACAAAAAUAGUGAGCUUUACAAAAGAAUGAAAGACAAUAAUUUAAAUUUGCCAGAGCCUCGACCUUUGACUGACCCAGGUGAGCCGCUUACAUUCUGCUUUAUUGGAGAUGAAGCAUUUGCACUUGAAGAAAACGUGCAACGUCCGUACAGUGGAAAAAAUUUGACAGAGAAAAGAAAGAUUUAUAAUUACAGGUUAUUGAGGGUGCGACGUUACAUUCAGCGCACUUUUGGAAUCCUAUCCAACAAAUGGCGAAUUUUUCAUCGCCCUUUAAAUGUGAAUGAGGACUUCUGUGCAGAUAUAAUUAAAGCAUGUUGCGUUCUGCGCAACUUCGUUCGCAAAACAGAUGGGUUCAAACUGGAUGAAACUUUAGAAACAAUUGGCUUGCACAAUGUACAGAGCAGCACUCCUGUAAGAAGCCACUAUGCUGCGAGUGUACAAGACAAAUUAGAUGAUUAUUUUAUCAGCAAGAUAUAA